AAAAAAACCAGAGAAAGUGAGGAAAAAUCGCGAUCGGCUUCUCCAGCCCCACCCGACACAGUGUUUCCACUCAAUCGCUGUCGCGUUUCUUCCGGUAAAGUUUUCCGUUCUGCUUCUGCCGCGUCCCAUUUACCGUCGGAGUUGGAGAGAGGAAGAGUUGAAAAAUGAGGCCAAAAGCUGUGUGGGAGGCAGAUUACCACAGAGUAUUUCUUGAUCUAUGCGUGGAGCAAACGUUGGUAGGGAACAAACCGGGGACACAUUUUUCGAAAGAAGGUUGGAGAAAUAUAUUGAAAUCGUUUCAAGAGCAGACAGGCGCGAUGUACGAUAGGAUGCAGCUUAAAAACCAUUGGGACACAAUGAGCAGGCAGUGGAAAAUAUGGUCUAGACUUGUUCAAUGUAGUUUGAUGAAUUGGGAUCCUGAGACCAACACAUUUGGUGCGAGUGACGAAGAAUGGGCAAACUAUUUACAGGGGAAUCCUGAUGCAGGGCAGUAUAGGUUGAGUGUUCCACAAGAUCUCGAGAAACUAGAGAUCAUCUUUGCGGGUAGUAAUGUUAGUGUAGAGGUCAAAGAUGAUGAGUUUUCAGAUGUCAGGAAGAGGCGAAGAAGUUGUAACGAAGAAGAAGAAGAAGAAGAUGAAGAUAACCGAAGCAUGUGUAGUUCGUCUAAUCCUCAAACGAAAGGAUAUUGGUCUCCGUCUACACACGAGCUGUUUCUUGAUUUGUUGGUGCAAGAGACUUAUAAAGGAAACAGACCCGACACACAUUUCAACAAGGAAGGGUGGAAGACGAUUCUUGAGACGAUCAAUGAGAAAACCGGCCUUGGUUAUUCAAGAGCUCAGCUGAAAAACCAUUGGGAUUGCACAAGGAAAUCUUGGAAGAUCUGGUGUCAACUCGUAGGAGCAAACAGCAUGAAACGGGAUCCGGAAACUUGUAGUUUUGGUGCGUCUGAAGAGGAAUGGCGAAUUUACAUUCAGGAAAACCCAAGAGCAGGACAGUUCCGCCACAAGGAAGUACCUCAUGCUGAUAAACUCUCCAUCAUUUUCAGUGGAGUUAUAGAGCCUGGAGAGACAUACACUCCUCCUUCCCGCAAGAAGCUUCUACGCCAUCGCUCUGAGUCACCGCAGUUGCAAGAAUACGAAGUGAAUUGGAUAGACAACAAAACGGCACAAACGCUGGAUGUUGCGAAGUUGAUGAGUGAUGGUAUGUUGCAGGAAAGUCCGGUGUGCGUUGAGAUAGAAUCAGCAAAGCGUAAGUACUGUAUUGGAGAAUGCAUAGAAAGCUUAGACGCGAUGAAAGAGGUGGAAGAAGGGAGCGAUCUCUACUUGUUUGCGUUGGAUCAGUUUCUGAAGAGAGAGUACAGAGAGAUCUUUUUAGAGCUGAAGAAGCCGAGUUUGAAAAUCGCAUGGUUACAGAGGCUUCGAUCUGCUUCUCUUUCUGUUUCAACAACAUAGGUUUUAUAUUUUGGGACCCUUCAGUUUCUAUAGUUUACGUGCUGUUUUUUUUUUUUUAAUUAUUAAAA